GUUGGCAGUGCUGCUUUUGUGUGUUUUGGAUUUACUCCUGGAAGCAAACAAGCAUUCUUGAAUGGACAUAGUGCGAAAUAUUUCCUCAAUCUUCUUCCCCUUAUGUGGUCGCUGUCAGUGGUGGCUGCCAGGCCCAUUGCAGCAGGACACCUUGAAGAGGAGGCUCACAGAGGACCUUAUUUCUCUCCAAAAUCUCCUUCUGAAAGGAGGUUGUAGCCAGGCACAAGUUGGGCUCUUCACCCAGACAACCAGUGGCAGGACAAGGGAAUACGGUCUUGAACUGUACGGGGAGGUUUACGUUGGACACUAAGUGGAAUUUCUUCACAAGAAGGGUGGUUAGAGAUUGGAAUGGGCUGCCCUGAGAGUUCACUUGGUGCCCUAGUCUGGUUUACAAGGUAGUGUUGGGCCAUAGGUUGGACUCAAUGGUCUCAGAGAGAUUUUCCAGGCUAAUUGAGUGUGAUCCCUCCUUCCAGAUACUUUUUUUUUUUUUUUAAUUAAUCUAAGUGAUACAAAAUAUUGCAGGUUGUAUGUAUUCUCAGUUUUGCCACAAUAAUUUGUUGCCAUCCUGCCUUGAUCCAGGUACACUGAGGUGCCCUGUCAGUGUGUGAUGGCCAGAUCCAGGUACUGCCUGUGUUAACACCUGAGCUGGGAAAGGAUCACACGUGGGGGGCUGAGGAUUUAGUGCUUAAGUGAAAUUUCUGGAGACCAGGAACGGGGCAAUUAUGUCACCGGGUGGGCAGCUGAGAGGCUUCGCUUGGCUCCUCGGGAUCCGCACAGAGCUCCUGCACACUCCCCUCAGCCCCCCGGGGCUGCCCAGCCAUGAAGAGCUGCGUGGGCCGAGGUGAGGCGGAGGCGGGGAGGUGCGAGGCGGCGGCGCGGUGACUCAGCCGCGGAUACCGGGAGGUACUGGGGGCACACGGCAGGAUUGGAACCGGCACCGACCGUGAGGCACCGACCGUGAGAGGCCAGGCCGCGAGAGGCCGGGCGGGGCGCCCCUGGAGCCCGGGGCGGGGGACCCCGCAGAGGGGCGGGCGCUGUAUGUGUGACAGGUGCGGCGCGCGCGCGCCCGCCGUCACCCCGCGGCCCCCCUCCCUUCUCUGCCCCCCCGCCCCGCGCGCGCCACCAUGAAUAUGCAAAUAUCGGUAUAAUUGCCAGCCAAUGGCGUGCGCGCUGGUCACAUGGUGCUGGUGGAGGCUCAGGGAAGAGAAGUUGAGUCCGGGCGAGCUCGGGCAGCGCCGCCAGAGCCGAGCGAGCCGCGGGCGAGCGCCGCGCCUCCUCCGCAGGGAGCCCGCCGGCCGGGGCUCUGCCUGGACCAUGCCGAUCCUCCUCUUCCUCAUAGACACGUCCGCCUCCAUGAACCAGCGGGCGUACCUGGGCACCAGCUACCUGGAUAUCGCCAAGGGCGCCGUGGAGAUCUUCAUGAAGGUGAGUGUGCGGCGCCGGGGGAGCCGCCGCCCCCCUCGCCCCCUUCGCACUGCUCACGCCGCUUCUCUCCGCUCUCUCCGCAGCUCCGGGCCCGAGACCCGGCCAGCCGCGGCGACAGGUACAUGCUGGUUACGUUCGACGAGCCGCCCUACUGCAUCAAGGCUGGAUGGAAGGAAAACCAUGCAACAUUCAUGAAUGAACUGAAAAACCUUCAGGCUUCAGGACUGACAACCCUUGGUCAGGCACUCAGGUCAUCGUUUGACUUGUUAAAUCUCAAUAGAUUAGUGUCUGGAAUAGACAAUUAUGGACAGGGAAGGAAUCCGUUCUUUUUGGAGCCAUCUAUUUUGAUUACCAUCACAGAUGGAAACAAACUGACAAAUACAGCUGGAGUCCAAGAGGAGCUUCAUCUUCCGUUGAAUUCUCCUUUGCCUGGAAGUGAACUAACCAAAGAACCAUUCCGUUGGGAUCAAAGGCUGUUUGCUCUGGUACUUCGUUUGCCAGGAGCUGCAUCUGCUGAACCAGAGCAGCUUGGGAGUGUGCCUACUGAUGAAUCUGCUAUCACACAGAUGUGUGAGGUUACAGGAGGUCGUUCAUACUGCGUUCGGACACAAAGAAUGUUGAAUCAAUGUUUAGAAUCUUUAGUUCAAAAAGUCCAAAGUGGAGUUGUUAUUAACUUUGAGAAGUCAGGACCAGACCCAGCUCCUAUUGGAGAAGAUGGACUUGUUGAUUCAUCCAGGCCCAUCAAUUCAUUUGCUUCUCAGCCGUGGCAUAGUUGUCAUAAACUCAUUUAUGUACGGCCUAACCCUAAAACGGGUGUUCCUGUGGGGCAUUGGCCAAUCCCAGAAUCUUUUUGGCCUGAUCAGAACUCACCAACACUGCCUCCACGCACAGCUCACCCUGUGGUGAGGUUCUCCUGUGUGGAUUGCGAGCCCAUGGUCAUAGACAAGCUUCCUUUUGACAAGUAUGAGCUUGAGCCUUCACCCCUCACCCAGUACAUCUUGGAACGAAAGUCCCCCCAUACCUGCUGGCAGGUAUUUGUGAGUAGCAGUGGAAAAUACAGCGAACUUGGCCACCCGUUUGGGUAUUUAAAAGCAAGCACUACUUUAACCUGUGUAAACCUCUUUGUGAUGCCUUACAACUACCCUGUUUUACUUCCAUUGUUAGAUGACUUGUUUAAGGUUCACAAACUUAAGCCAAAUCUGAAGUGGCGACAGGCUUUUGACAACUACUUAAAAACAAUGCCUCCUUACUACUUACUGCCAUUAAAGAAAGCCCUAAGGAUGAUGGGAGCUCCAAAUCUGAUAUCAGAUAAUUUAGAUUGUGGACUUAGUUACAGUGUUAUCUCUUACCUUAAAAAACUCAGCCAACAGACAAAAAUAGAAUCGGAACGGAUAAUAGGUUCAGUGGGUAAGAAAGUUCCACAAGAAAUUGGAAUAAAAGUGAAAAAUCACUCCAGUGGCCUCUCCUUGGUACACAGUAGGGAUUUUAAACAACUGCUGCAAGGGAUCACUGGGGAAUCUCCUCUGAGACUGUCAGAAAUGAAUGUUAAAGAAUUUGCUGGAUUCCACAUAGGACUUUUAAACAAGGAUUUGAAGCCACAAGCAUUCAGAAAUGCAUAUGAUAUUCCUCGUCGCAGUCUUCUUGACCAGCUAACUAGAAUGAGAACCAAUCUUCUGAAAACACACAGGCUUAUCUUGGGGCAGGAUGAAGACUGUCUUCAUAGCGUACCUGUUGCUCAGAUGGGAAAUUACCAGGAAUACUUGAAAAUGAUGCCUUCACCUCUUCGGGAAAUUGACCCAGAUCAACCAAAAAGACUCCAUACAUUUGGCAAUCCAUUUAAACAGGACAAGAAGGGCAUGAUGAUAGAUGAAGCCGACGAGUUUGUGGCUGGGCCCCAGAACAAGAUCAAGCGUCCCGGGGAGCCCAACACGCCGGCAUCGCUGAAGAGGCGGCGCAGCAUGUCCCCCCUGCUGCGGCGGCCGCAGUCACCGCCCGUCGUCACCAACCACGUGGGUGGCAAGGGGCCACCCGCUGCUCCUGGCUCCCCCUCCUACCUGAGCCUCAAGGGUGUCCCAGCAAAUAAAGAUACGAGUAAUAGUGUUGCUCAAGAUGACAAUGGAGAGAAGAAAGCAGAAAAUUGUCAGUCAAUGGAGAAGCAAAUUGAUGGCUUACCUGUGCAAAUGGCUCCUGUGGUUCCAGCUGCUGUGGGAGAGGAUGAGAUGUUACCCAAUGACUUAGACCCUGUACCUGUUGAAUUCAAUUGUUUAAGUGAAGAUGGGUUGGAUCAUAAACCUGGUACCAAUGCUCUUGUUCAAGGGCCUCUGAAUUACAGUGUGAGUGGAGAUGACCAAAAGCGGGCCAUGGAGUCUACUUCUGAGUCUGUGCCAAAUUCCUUCAAAAUAACACCUACCAUGUUGGAGGGAAGCAAUGCUGACAUCAAAAUUAAAGUGAUGAAAGAGGUUCGCAAGCCUGGAAGAAAUUAUGAAAGAAUAUUUUCUCUUCUUGAGGAAGUGCAAGGACCUAUGGAAAUUCAGAAGUAUUUCAUUGAAUUUGCUAUCAAGGAAGCAGCAAGGUUUAAAAAACGGGUCUUAAUACAACACUUAGAGAGAAUACUAGAGGAACUAGAUUUCACCAGCCCACCCAACAGAGUUAAUCAUGUCAACAGUAGAUAAUAAUGUACCGGCCAGACGAAUGUGGACCAGGAAUGAGUUUGCUGUGCCACAGAAGAGUGGAAGAGGAUGUAGCUGCUGCCCUCACCAUCUCGGCAGUCAAGUGAUUUUACUGUCACAGUCUGAGAAGAAGCAGUGGAGCUUUAACUUUCAGAGCCUGAUUCGGCAGAAGCUGGGCUAUAACCUUAAGGAUUUGCUAUGAAAGGUGUGGCUUUUUCCUGUGGAGGGUGCUCUUUGCUCAACAGGCGGAAGAAAAUAACCAUUGCUGCCCCUCCUGCAGGUGAUGAGAGUUUACUCAUUUGAACGCUGUCAUUAGACAUUUACGUGCUGUAGGCAGCAGGUUGCACUAAAAUGGGGCACUGUCAAAUGCACACACUGUCUGCAUCGUGGAGAGAGCCCGUGUGUUCCCAAAAAAACCCUCCCAGAAACACCUGCACUGGUAAAAUUGCAUGUUGCCACCACAGAGACAAGGGUCUUGUUCCCAGGAACUGCUAGCCAUGCCUUUAAACUUGAGAUUCAGUGUAGAUUGAGAGUAAAGAAACUGCUAUUGUGUUAAUAAAAGCUAAAGACAGCCCUGUGACUGUUACCACCUCAUGGUCACUAAACAAUCUACCUCAGACUCUCUUCUGUUUUGUCUGCAGACAUUAUGAAAGUGCACCUGAGGCUUCCCAGGUCCCCGACUUCAGUUCUCUUUCAUCCUGUGAGGAGGACGGAGAUUCUUCAGGUGGCCUUGGCACACGCUGUGCUUUGGAAGCACUAAAAGGAAACGCUUUUAAAAACGUGUAUUUUAAUGUUCAUACAAAAGAGAUUAUUUUGAACAGUAUUGUUACCAGAUCACUAAUUUGAUAUUUUAACUGUAUAAAUUUUUUGGAACAUAUGUAUAUAUAAAAUAAACCAUUUUAUUAAUUUUUAAGAA